AUGGGCAAAGUGGUUAAUAAAAAGAAAUAUUCAAGUGCUAGUGACAAUCAAGUCUCUGCUGAAAAGCAUAUGAACUCUGUUUUCAAGUUCAACACAGAUCUUGGGCAGCAUAUUUUGAAGAAUCCACUCAUAGCUCAAGGUAUCGUUGAUAAAGCCAAUAUCAAACCUUCAGAUAUCGUUUUAGAAGUUGGUCCAGGUACAGGUAACUUGACUGUUCGUAUAUUGGAAAAAGCUAGAAAAGUUGUUGCAGUGGAAAUGGAUCCUAGAAUGGGUGCUGAAUUGACCAAGAGAGUUCACGGUACACCAGUUGAAAAAAAAUUGGAAAUCAUGUUGGGUGAUUUUAUGAAGACAGAAUUACCAUACUUUGAUAUUUGUAUCAGUAAUACCCCUUACCAAAUUUCUUCCCCAUUGGUUUUCAAAUUAAUCAACCAACCAAGACCACCAAGAGUAUCAAUACUGAUGUUUCAAAGAGAAUUCGCAUUGAGAUUGUUAGCUAGACCAGGUGAUUCGUUAUACUGUAGAUUAUCAGCAAAUGUUCAAAUGUGGGCUAAUGUCACACAUAUAAUGAAAGUUGGUAAAAACAAUUUCAGACCACCUCCACAAGUUGAAUCUAGUGUUGUUAGAAUAGAAAUUAAAAACCCAAGACCAGCGGUGGAUUAUAAUGAAUGGGAUGGUUUAUUAAGAAUAGUGUUUGUUAGAAAGAACAGAACAAUAGCAGCUGGUUUCAAAUCUUCAACAGUUUUAGAGAUUUUAGAGAAAAAUUAUAAAACUUACUUGGCUACAAUGGAUGGAGAUGCCAUGAUGGAUGUUGAUUCUAGUAAGAAAGGCCCAAUGAUUGAUGUUGUUAAGCAAAAGAUUGAACAAGUUUUAACUGAUACCGGGUUAGGAGAAAAGAGAGCAGGUAAAUGUGACCAAAAUGAUUUCUUAAGAUUGCUAUACGCAUUCCAUCAAGUUGGUAUACAUUUUGCAUAA